AUGGCCGAAACUAGCAGUGCCCCUACUGCAAAAUACCAGAGAGUCGAUUCGCAACCUGAAAACCCCUUUGCCCAGUUGAUCGAAGAUCAAUCCAUUGCGGUCGUUCCUUCAUUCAAACUUGAGUCUGGUGUCACCCUUCACAAUGUCCCGGUUGCAUACACCACGCGAGGAACACUCGCUCCCAGUGGCGAUAAUGUGCUGGUGAUCUGUCACGCUCUUAGUGGCAGUGCCGAUGUCGCCGACUGGUGGGGCCCUCUUCUUGGUGGUCCUGGCCAAGCUUUUGAUGUUUCUCGGUUCUUCGUCAUCUGCCUGAACAGUCUGGGCAGUCCGUACGGAAGUGCAAGUGCUGUGACCUACAAGGAUGGUAAGCCUGAAAAUGGCUAUUAUGGACCUGAGUUCCCCUUAACGACUGUCCGUGAUGAUGUCAACAUUCACAAGCUCAUCCUGGACGAUCUUGGUGUCAAGCAGAUUGCCGCAGUUGUCGGUGGAUCCAUGGGUGGAAUGCUCACCUUGGAAUACGCCUUUUUCGGCAAAGACUAUGUGCGAGCUAUUGUGCCCAUCGCGACUUCAGCACGCCAUUCCGCAUGGUGUAUCAGUUGGGGCGAGGCACAACGGCAGAGCAUCUACAGCGACCCGAAGUAUGACGAUGGCUACUAUGCAUUUAACGACCCGCCAUCGACCGGCCUCGCCGAAACUCAUUCGAGUCCCGAUUCGGUCGCAACGUACCAGAUCCAACCAAGCCGCGAAACAUCAACGGCACCGAGAAGCUCCCCACUCCCCCCGAACGAGCACUGGGCCAUCCACAACGACGGGCACCGUGGCGGAACAACUUCUCGCUCGGAGAGCAGACAAGGCUCACCGGCUCCUGUGAACGAGGCUGACGUCCAGUUCAUGGACCCGCAAUUCUCUGGCACCAAAACAUUUGCCCCAGAAGUCGACACAAAGCCCAAGUUGACUGCAUCCGGUCGUCCUCGUCCACCGACCUACUUCUCUGCACAGUCGUAUCUCCGUUACCAGGGCGAGAAAUUUGUCAAACGAUUUGAUGCCAACUGCUAUAUUGCCAUGACACGCAAACUCGAUACGCACGACGUGUCCCGCCGCCGCGGCACUCCUAGCGCCGAGACCGAGGAUACUGUGCUCGAGGCCCUCGGACGCGUCCAGCAGCCGGCUCUAGUCCUGGGCAUCGAGUCCGAUGGUCUUUUCACAUUCGCUGAGCAACAAGAGGUUGCAGCCGGCAUCCCCGACUCUCGCCUUAAGCGCAUUGAUAGCCCUGAAGGCCACGACGCAUUCUUGCUCCAAUUUGAGCAAGUCAACCGCCACAUUGUGGAGUUCUUCCACGAAGUCCUGCCCGAUAUCAUGGCCAAGUCAAGCGCCGAUGGUGCCGCUGCUGUGGCCAGUGUCACUAAGCUGACAAAGAGCAGCACCUUCGGCGAGGCCGAGGUAGAGGAUAUCACCGCUUGGUAA